AUGUCUCAUGCACCUCAAGCACCCAACUUGCCAGAAGGUUGGACAGCACAAUGGGAUGAAGAAUACAAAAGGUUUUUUUACGUUAACAAGUUUACAGGAAAAUCGCAAUGGGAGCUUCCUACUGAGGCAGCAAGGCCACAUGAAGGAGAGCAUAGGGAAUCAGGAUCAGCUCUGGAAUUUUACGAGCGUCCAAUUGAAGGACCUCAAUCAAGGUACGGCAGUGACUUGCCAGAUCAGGGACAGCAAGGGAAGAAUGAUCUGGGAGAGCAAUCUGAUAGAGGAAUAGGUUCCUUUGUUCUCAACCAAGCAAUUAAUUCCGUUAUGGGAUCUAAACAACAUGCAAAUAACAACAACAACAACAACAACAGCGGCGGCUUUGCUAGUGGGGCAAGCUUGGGUGGUGCUGCUGCUCUUGUAGGGAGCCUUUUAUCUUCCCAAUCAGGUCACACAAAUAAUUCCAGUGGUGGAGGACUUGGUGGAUUGUUAGGCAGUCUCGGUGGUGGUGGAAACAAUAAUCAAAAUCAUCAGCAAAAUUCUGGUCAAUACGGAGCUGGUGGUCGUUAUGAAAAUAAUAACAACAACAACAGUAAUGAAGGAGGAGGAAUUUCAGGAAUGUUGAGUAAUUUCUUAGGGGGUAAAUCUAACUCGAACGAAAAUCAUAAUCGACCAUCGGAGGGUAGUUUUGGUGGACAGGGAAGAUAUGAAGGUGGACAGGGAAGAUACGAAGGUGGGCAGGGAGGAUAUGAAGGUGGACAAGGUAGAUACGAAAGUGGACAAGGUAGAUACGAAAGUGGACAAGGUAGAUACGAAAGUGGACAAGGUAGAUACGAAAGUGGACAAGGUAGAUACGAAAGUGGACAAGGUAGAUACGAAAGUGGACAAGGUAGAUACGAAGGUGGUCGUCGUAAUGAUUUUGAUGAUGGAAAUAGAUUUGAAGGAGAAAGACACGGUAAUCGAAACGAACAAGGGAGAAGAAAUGAGUUUUACAAUGACGAGGGUGGCAGUUUUGGUUACAAAUAUAGUGGAAAUCAGCAAAAUAACCAAUGGUGA